AGAUCACCCACAUAAGAAACACGUUUCCCUUACUGUGGUAGAAGUACACGACUUCUCUUCUCAGUGACACACUGAAAGGACGUAUUCAAUAUUUCGUUUGUGUGAAGAAGUGAACUAGGUUAAAUUUUAAUACAGAGUCUUGCCUGCUUCAUACUGAAUGAACAAUGCAUAAAUAUAUAUUACGAAACAGACGUCGACCCGGAUAUAUAGGCCAGAAACGUGAUAGAGCUUUUCUCGUCUUAUCCUUGGUAUUCUCUGUGGUGUGUAUCGCAUCGGAUAUAAGAACAGAGGUGGAACUACAUGGAGAAACAGUGUUGAUCUGCUUACCAAGCUCAUCAUGUGACACCAGAUGCGGCUCUCUAUUGGAUGAAAGAACUACUUGCAGUUGCGAUAUUGAAUGUUCAACAUUUGGGGACUGCUGCUACGACUUCUCUGACAUGUGUCAGCUUGGGACACAAAACGAAACAACACUUCAAGAUGAGACAGCAUUCGUAAAAGAGACUGAGUGUUUCAAAACCGAUCCAGAAAACUCCGAGAGAGGAUAUCACGUCAUCUCGACGUGUUUAGACAAAUCAACUGAAGAAACAGUUAUGUUAAAAUGUGAACAACCGGAUUCGCGUUACAUUAUACAACAAAUCCUUGUAACCGAUUCUCGUGGAAAUGUAUAUCAGAACAUUUAUUGCGCAGCGUGCGACGGCAUCCAGACAUCAGACCUAGUUGCUUGGCAUUUGGAAGUCUCCUGUGAUACAAAUGAUAUUGAAAGAGAAGUAGUCACCCAGGACACUGUGACAGCAACAGACACUUACCCAACAAUUGUUCCACAACAGAUGUUGCACGACAAAAUAGGACAAGAAGUGUCCUGUCAGUCAUUCAAAUACACACCUCCAGAAAACAGAAAACUCCCCCGGCCUUGCCAAAUUUCACAGAGAGAAACCUGCCCUGAGCUUUAUCGAGAUGAACACACUAAAAUUGGGUGUGCUGCGUAUUCGGCCACGGUGUAUGUUACUAAAACUGCAUACAAGAAUCCGCAUUGCGUCAUUUGCAACGGUUACAGUUCAUACAGUUGUCAAAAGCAUGAUGGGCCAAAAGAGCCAUUUUUACCUGGACUUAUACCUUCUGUAGGUGGUAAACCCGGCCCAAUUGGCCCAGGGGGUGAGCCUGGACCGGGAGGUGAACCUGGAGAUGGUGCACCUGGUCAACCUGGUCCACCAACACCCCAUUACACAACGUUAGACAUACUAGUAAAUUUUGCUGACGGAAAAAUUAGCUUACAAUCAGAAUACAUUGUAUACACGGAUAGUCCUUUAGAUUGUGGUACAGGCAAAGUUUAUAAUUACAUCACUGAAGAAUGCAUAGACCUGCAAUGUGACGUUGGCUAUACGCUGUCUGGAUCAACGUGCGUUGUCAGCCGAGAUCCAGUGAAGGAGACGCCCAGUGAAUGUAAUCGAAAACCUCCAUUGAUCUCUAGUAAAAUGUUCUGCUUGUGUCAAAAUGAUGAGCAGUUUGUAAGUGUGACAUAUCUGACGAACGAUAACACUUCCACGUCAGACAAUUUGAGAGAUUUUAUGAUUGAAAAUACAAACAAAACUAAUAUCGUUCUGUCUAGCCAGACGGUUGAAAAUGUGCCCGAUAACGGUGGUAUAUUUUAUAAGAUUUCGUUUGUGACGUCUGAUUGCCAAGAUGUUGCCUACUUGUCAUCAGUUGUAAGCAAACGUCUUUCCACAGACGACACAUCGAUUUCACCGUUGAAUUUCGUAACAUUUGCACACCAGUGUUGGAGUAUGGAUACCACAUCUCGAAACGAGAGUUGUGCAACUAAAACUAUAUCUGCUAACGAAAUAGACGUCAAUGAUUAUAAUAGUACAAGGAUUGUCAAGAAUAAAAAUGAAUCAAUUUAUGUUCCAGAUGAUGACUACACUAUAGAAAUGAUGUACAUUAUAAAAAAUGAUUCCACAAUAUGCGUGAGUGUGACAGUGGAUUCUUGCAUUGAUUCUUCGGCACGUUCUUGUCCAUUAAUCGAACUCGAUCUCGCCUCGUUUGUAAAGCACAGCGAUAAUAGCACCACCCUAGUGCACGAAGCAACUGGCAAAAUGUUUCCUAUAAGUGAAUACAGUCUAACCACGGAAGGUAGCGUGUUGGUGUGUUCGUUCUUUAGUCAAACUUCAGGACAGAAUGGAACGGUCAUAUUUAUGUAUUCUGGCUCUUUACUUGUUGUGAACAUGGUUGGAGUCAUCCUCUCUCUGAUCGGCUUAUUUUUCACUUUCGUGAUACGAUGUGUUUUCCAUGAGCUUCGAACACAUUCGGGGAAGAUCAUCAUGAAUUUGUCCUUAGCUCUAUUUAUCGCUCAAUUGUUAACUCUUCUGCAAGGGUAUUUUCUUGGUGAUUCGAAAGCUUGUACAGCGGUUGCAGCUAUUCUCCACUACAUCUGGUUGGUAGCAUUUCUCUGGAUGAACUCCAUGGCAAUCGAUUUGUUCCGCAUCUUCCGCGCACUCAAGCUUACCGCUCGAGAUGAAGAUCACAACCGCAUUAUCUACAGAAGAUACAUGAUAUAUAGCUGGUGUACUCCAGCAGUUUUCGUUUGCAUUCUCUUGGGCGUCCAUUCCAUCGAUUUUCCCGCAUUUCACUUUAAAUAUAGCGAUGAAUCUGUUUGUUGGAUCCGUGACGAAUUUGCCAGCCUCGUUGUUUUUGGGCUGCCGAUCGCUCUGGUUAUUAGUGUGAACCUUGUCUUGUUUAUCUGUACCAUACGUGGAAUUAGAAAAGCGAAGCGGUCAACGACUCAUGUCCAGACGAAUGAAUCAAAACACAAUAUGAUAUCUGAAGAAUUAAAGAUUUAUAUCAGGAUUUCUACCGUAAUGGGUCUCACAUGGAUAUUCGGAUUUCUUGCCUCUUUUGUUGAUCGUGUAGAAAUAUGGUACCUCUUCAUUAUUCUAAAUACGUUACAGGGUCUUUUUAUCUUCAUCGCUUUCAACAUCAAUCGAAACAUGAGGGCGACGCUUCGAAAACGUAAACAAUUACGCCAAAGUACAACAGCAACUGGUCACGGAAUGAAAUCAAUAAGCAACUCUAAUGUAACUGAUAAUGGCGUUGGCCAUACAAAGAAAUCAAGUCAAAUUUAGAAGACAAAUACAAAAACCAAACUUCAAACAUGAAAUUAUGAGAUACCGUGUGUGCUACAGAAUAUAAUUUCCAAAAGCGAAAUGCUACAGUGGAUAUAAAUAUUUAAAGAAACGACCGAUAUCAUUUACUUUAAUGAAGUGACAAAAUGUGGCUGUGUAACUGGAUCAAUCAAUUAUAGGCCUGUUAUUUAAAAUCACUUCAUUUCGCAAAAGAAAGAAAACACAAAAUUCUAGGCCGUGUGUAAAUAAGAGAAAAGGUAAGGCGAGUAGAUUACAAUAAAAAUCAGAGGAAAGAUAAAUAGCAAACCAAAGUAAGGGUCCAUUCACACCAAAUCCGAAUUUUCGGAUCGGAAGGCUUACUUAAUCUCUGUGUUAAGGAAUACGCACGGCGUUCAGCGCUUCGGAAACGCAAAUUUCGCUUCAGAUUUUAUAUAGGCCUACGGAUCAAAGGCCCAUUCCUCAUCAGCACCACCAUGGUUUGCGGCUGGUAUGAAAUUUUAUGCCUAAUAGAAAUGACACACUCAAAAUUUAAUUUGAAUAUAACUUUCUUUUCUUUUUUCCCGAAAUUUAGGGAGGGUGUGUAAGGGGUGGGUCGGUUUCUCUCCCACCCUUGAAUCUGCCACAUAAGCCAUAAUUAAGACGAACUAUAGUGUAGGUGGUUAAUGAGGGCGUAUUCAACUGAUAAAGGACUUAUGUGAAUACAUAAAAUUUUCAUUAGAAAGCUUUUCCUUUUCUUUCUUUUUUUUUUGAAUGACUCAAAUCUUAUGGAUUAGAGAUAGUUUUUUCCGUGGUUUCUUGUUUCAUAUCCUUUUGAGAAUUGGACAAACAAGAUAGUGAUUGAAAUACUUCUAUAAAUAGAUAUGAUAUAAAAUGUGGUACUAGUAUGUCCUUUAUAAUUUCACAAGACCUUCGAGGCAUAGCAUCUUAUGUUCCCGUGAAACGACAAUGAGCACCAGAACUAAUUUGUAAACUUACAAGUAAUGCAGAUGACUGGAGUCCCAGUAGAAUAAAAACCAGGAAUUACAAGAAAAGAUGCGGUAACGGACAUCUUGGAUAGCUUUCACAGUCUUAAGUGUUAAUCCGUCCGUGAAUCUACAAAUGCCUUAACUGAAAACAUGUCUUGUUUAUAUUAAUCUAUGAGUGUCCGGGUUGACAAUGAAAAAAAUCUUAACAUCAUGACUAACGAAAUUAUGUAUAAUAUAAUAUGAAUAAUACAUAUUAUUGAAUCUAAGUCAAUUGUCAUUUAAUAAGUAAUCUAGACCUCACGGUUUGUUGUAACAAAUCUUCUAUUAAAAAAGUAAACAACAAACUUCAAAUACUAUAGACCUACAAGAGAUUGACGUUUAUGUAAAUAUUUAAAAAAAAUAGUCACUGCGUUGGUUUACUGUCAGAGAAUUAGCAUGUCCAAUUAACUUGAUAUCAUCGACCGAGCCGAAUAUUAUCUUCCGCCAAUACGCACAAGACAAUGGAGACACCAUAGUGCAUAUGUAUAAAUUGGAUUGUGAAGUUCUGCAGUGGCGGAUCCAGGAAUUUGAAAUAGGUGGGGGAGGGGGGGGGAGAGGAGGAACUUUCACAGAUGGAAGGUUAUAUCACCUCAGCCCAUCAUGGUUGCGGCUGAUGUCGCAAAUGUUAUGAAUAUGGCACCUCUAGAUGGAAAUGGCACCCUCAGACUUAAAAUUUGAAUACAGUACAGUAUAAUAUAGUAUAAUUUUUGUUUUUAUCUCCAUUUAAUGGUUUGGAUGUAUAGGGACUGUCUGACUGGGGCCUUUGUGUACAAUAUUUUCGUUCACAUUUCAGCUUAGGUGAACUUUCAAUUCCUUUGUUCACAGUAGCGUCUCUAGAAGUCUUGAAAUGGGGGUGCCACUCUAGGCCCGUUGCCACCCAGCUUUUUACCACCCAUCCUUUUCCUACCUGGCAUUCUGCCAAUCUGGGCCCUUUGCUGCCAGGCCCGUUGCCACCAGGCUUGUAGCCACCUGGCCCGUUGGCACCCGGCACCCGGCCUGUUGCCACCUAGGCCCAUUGCCUCCCGGCCUUUAGCCACCUUAGGGUAAAAAGCGAAUAUUUACAUUAUGCUGAGCUGUUUUUUUUUACACAUAUUUGUAAUUAUGGAUGCAUAUAUUUUUAUAAUUUUGUAUUUAAAUGGUGAAGUUAGUCCUAACUAACUGUAAUACUGGAGUAGAAAACUGUUUUAAUUAAAUUCCGUGUUUUAUUAAUACUGUAUAUACUUUUUAUUCAAUCCGUAUAAAGAGGGCGAUAACUGUAGUGUCCAGUUUUUGUAUAUGUUUACAAUUAAAAAAUACAUUUAUGACAAUAAUAAUUA